AUGGUCUUUGAGGUCCCUUCCAACCCAAACCAGUCUGUGGUCAUUGACAAGAAGGCCUUUGAGCUGCCAAAGCAAAAGGUUCAUGCUGAACAAAUAUAUGUGGGAACAGCAAACUGGGAACAGAAAAUUCGAGGCACCUGUGGUAGCAAAUAUAGGUGGGACCAGAAAAUUGAGAACAGCAAAUUUGAGGCACCUGUGUUUCCAAAUCCACCCAGGAGCAGCAAAUUCAAGGCACCUUUGGUCCCAGAUCCACCUCAGAAUAGCACAAUAAAGGUGCUGGCAGCUACUAAAGUGCUGAAUCUUUGAGAUUUUAUGCACAUUUAGGCUUUGCCUGGCUCUGCUCAGGAGGAGGGAAAGGUCUUGGCCAUAAGCAGUGAACCUCCAAGGGAACAAGUGUUCUGGGGAAAUGACCACAGGAGGGAAAAGCCAUUCACUCCUGGACACCUCACCCCCCUCAGGAAGCCUUAUCAGGAGCUUGGAGAGAUUCUCUACACAAAUCAAACAAAACAUCACCUCUGCUCUCUGGGGCAGCUUGCACAGCAGCCGAAUGGAAGCUGCUGCACCAGCUCUUACCAAGUGCUUCCCUUGGCAACGGAGAUUCUCGGCUGCAAAGUGCUUUGCAUUAUUUAUGUGGCACUGCACAGCCUUAACAAAUCAGGAACCAGUGGAAAAAAAAAAGUUCAGGAAAAACCACUUGAAGUGGCUGAGGUUACUGCUAACAAGUACUCAUUCAAUCCAGAGGUACCACCUUCCUCUCAUGAACCGACCCUCAACUUGGAAAACUGUCUCCAGAGUAAUGUAAGAUGCCAUCACACUCUAGUCACAAAGUGCAACAACAAUGUUAUAACCAUUAAUAAAAGUUGCAUUCUGACAGAAGAGGCCCACAUGAGGAAGUGGGGAAAGAAGGAACAAAAGAGGACCUUAUAGUCUUUUAGUCCUGUUUAUACCAGUGUCUGGAUUCCAAGGGUUUCUCCUCUUCGCAGUGAACAUCUUUUCCAACAGCUGUGUGCCACACACUGGCUUUUGGAAGCUUUGACUCUCAAAUCCAACAGUUUGAUGCAUUCCAGAAUAACCCAUUGGAAUCCAAGCUGCCAUAUCAGCUCUUUCAUUAAAAGCAAAUCUAACUCAUGUGCUGAUAUGAGGCAAAAGUUCCAGCAGAACAUGAAGAAACAGCUUGUUCUUUAUGUGACACCCUCGUGGUUUCCUGUGUUGCUUGCCAGGCUCACUCAGUCUGUGAAGAGUGACUAUUUUGUGCAGAAAAUCUUAAAGAAACUGGAAAAAUAUGGCAAAAAUCCUUAUUUGAAAAUUUACCAGGCAUGUUUCUUAAGGUUCUGGCUGAUGUACACAUGUGGGGAGCUGUGUGAUGAGGGUGGGCAGACCAAGGCACCUGUGGGUAAAAUUCCUGCACUUGGAAAGUUACCAGGUGAAAUCAUUUAGGAUCUCACUAAAUGAAGAUGCUACUAUUCAUUUUUUACAAGGCACUUUGAACUCUUCAAGAGAAAGACGGUAUGACAGCCAUUGGUUUAUUAAUCAGUAUCACUUUAUUAUUAUGUCAUUGUUGAUUUAUUUACUGCCUCAGUGAAAGUGACACCUGUCAUAAAUUGUUAGGACACUUGAAGUGAAGCAUUAACUUGUGCUCUGAAAAGGCCUGUCCUUCCCAAUAGUUACAUCCACGAGCCAUUUAGGUUAUGAAUUAUGUCCCUGAUCCAGGAACUCUGCAGAAAUGUUUGUUUUGCUUCAACAACACUAAAAAAAACCUCAGCACUUACCUCUCAAGAUCUUAAGCUGGGCUCAACUCUUGUAGUUCUGGAAGAAACUGGCAGAUGAGGAAGGACAUAAGGAAGGCAAGAGAACCCCUUCCAACUCAGAAUAUCCUGUGACUCUGUGACAUUAGACUUACACACCUCUGUGUAGUGUGACCAGGUAACUAACUUACCAAAAUGGCAACGAUGCCACCUUGUGUUUUGUGUUCUCAUCUCAGUUAUUCCUCUGAUCUGCAAGACCGAGAGAAAUCUCUCAGAGGCAGCAGGUUAUUCUGCAUUUUACACAUACCAAGUGUUAUCUUGCCUUACAAAUGCAAAGGUUUAGCACCCAACAUGUUGAGAUCAGGGUAUCUGUAUUGUCUUGAUGUUUUAUAAAAAUAAGAAUUUUGUCUUGUGCCCUAAUUUGCAUAGUCACUAACCAGAGAGGCAGCCUUGCUUUAAUGUUCAUUAGAAAAGUCUCAGUUGCUUGCUGAGUUUAGGUCUAUUUAUUUGCUAUUUCUUUUGCAUUUUGAUCCUUCAUAUUUGUGCAACAGUAAUAGAGGAAAAACAUGUGAGCAUACCUGAAUCUCCUAUCUAUUUCUUUAUACACCUUUCAAAAAUAGCCACAGAGGAAGGAGGACCUUGGUGCUCCUUCUGACAGGAAUAGAUGAAAGAAAGUGUUGUGUUUUAGGAGAAGGAGCAGCAUCACUGAAUAUGAUCUGGUUGAGAUUCCAGAUGAAGUUCUUAUUUAACUCCAAAUUGUUUUAAUGUAGGUGCCUUGAUGGUAGGUAGAAGACAGAUGCAAGUUUAAAACACAAAGACUUGACUUGGAAGGAUU